CGGCUCAAACAACAGUGUAUAUCAUUGACACCGGACCAGCGAAGUUCACUAGAACUUGGAAUGGCGAUUCACCCAAUCGCGGAAAUACAGGCCGCUUUCCGUACCGGCAAAACUAUUAUAGGUGCCAUUAUCGCAGAGCUUUUAGUUCAGAAAAGAGGACCAAUAAUAGUUACGGCGACAACCAACAACGCCGUGGCUCACUUCACGAACACGAUGCUAGCCCUCGAAGAAUUUCAUCACAUCCGACUCUUACGAUACAUAUCGGAAUCGGCGUUCCUUGAUGAAAACCCAUCCACACCCGUCGAUAUUCACGAGGUUCUGAAAUCACUGAGCGAAGAUUUCGCAGAAAAACUCCGAUCUCAAGAGCGUGACUAUUGCACGCGAAUUCGCAAAGGACGUCUGCUCUAUGAACGGUACGCUAGAGACCCAGAACGCAGGAUGAACAUGACAGAGAAGGAAAUCGAGGAAUACAUAUUGGCUGAGAAAGAUGUGUCGCAAUGUGUGAAGAAAGUGAUCCGAAUAAUAUUCGAAGUGCGACCCCCAGAAGCGCUCCUUUUAGCAACGGCAUCACUUCUAAACACUACGGCCGAGGGAGGAAUUUUCAAGAACCAUAUCACCGACGGUAAAAUUAUUAUCGUCGACGAAGCAUCGCAAGUACCAGAACCCAUGUUGGCAUGCCUCACUACCAUGUUUCCCGACGCUCGCCAGCUCUACAUCGGAGACAUAAACCAAAUGCGUCCUCACGUCAAAUGCCCCAGCGAUGCUAACCCGGCGUUAUUCGGCGGUCAAAGCAUUAUGUCCGUGCUUGAACCAUCAUCAGGGGUCCCCAAGGUAGCUUUAGUGACUACCUUUAGAGCCCACCCAGCUCUUAACGAGCUACCAAAUCUUCUCUCCUACGGUGGCACAUUGCUCAGCGGAGUGACAGCGAGGGAACGACGCUUGUUUCUAGACCGUGUCAAGUUCCCAAAUCCUCCCGUUCCAUUCGCUUUGAUCAAGGUCGAAGGAAACUCCGUACAGGCUCCUACGCAUUCCCAUCUUAACGAUGAGGAAGCGGAGAUUUGCGUCUCGCUAAUGGACCACUUACUACAACAUGGUCUCCAACCCAGUCAGCUGUGCGUAGUCACAUUUUAUCGCGGACAAUUUCAACUACUAGCUAACUUCGCAUCGGAGCGAAACAUCGAGAUCGCCACAGUAGAUUCUAUUCAGGGACGAGAAACCGAGACCUCCAGGAUCUCCACUGAUAUAUUCCAUACUAACGGUACGCGUCCGUUCCUCUUCACCCGUUCCUAG